AUGUCAUUUGACUACCCUUUCAGCGGCAUACCGGUACUUGAUCGGGUCAAGAGGUAUGAGGAGCAGUUUGAUAAGACAAUACACGCGCUUCAGGGCGCUGUGCACGCCGAUCGAAGCGCUUCGCCGUCGCGACCGCCGCACCGGCUGCGUAAAGUCACAGGAGUUCUCAAACUCAACACAACAGCGCUAUAUCUUGAUCGUGACGAUUCGACGGAUCAGCAACCGUCACAUGUCAACCAAGACCAGUAUGCGACACAUUCCACCGAGGAUCACCCAGACUACGCGGAGGGCGUCACUCUCCCCAAGAGAAGGUUUUCAGUCUUCAAAAAGAGAAAGUCGACCAUUAGCGAGAGCAUAAAGAAAGACUCGAUUGGUGACUCGCCCAAGUCGUCGACAGACUUGAGUAGUCCUCUGGAGAAAGAAAUCGAUGCGAAGAAGCCACGCUUCAGAUGGCUGAAGCGAAUGGCCAGCAAUUGUCCUCGCAACAGGCUUCGCAAAUUGCCGCCAUCGAAAUCGAAAGCUUCGCUGGAAGAGAACAACAAGGAGAACAGAAGAGGUGACCGGGGUACGCGCAAAAGGCUUGGAGUCAUCGGUGUUCGCUUCAAGAAGUGGAAGCAGAGUCUUGGCGCUGCUGUGGCGCGAGAGAAUGAAGGCGCUCAAAAAAGUUUCCGUGUCAUAACCAGCCCAGAUGGUUCUUUAAAGUCGGUGAAAGAAGUUGUUAUUGACGACGAUGUGAUUUUCAACCUUAGCGCAGAGCGCGAUGCGAGGGCCAGAGCGUUGGCACAGAAGUGGCUAGACGCAAGGGCAGCAAAGUCGGCAACACAGGACGAGACGGAUGGACAUACCGAGCGGGGCUUUAUCGAUACCAGACGAGGCGACGUUGAAGAUGCACAACCCGUGUUGACGGCCGUGGAGAAGGUCCAGCUUGAAGCCGAGAUACAGCGCGCUGGAGUUCAUGCGGAGCGCAAAUCACGAUUCCACGAGCAUCUUACCGAUACAGAAUCACCGAGGGCUCAGACCAACUAUCGUGAGAAACUUGCUGUGGUCCAUCCUGACUAUUCGACCGAGGACACGAGCUAUGUUGGACAGCAAGAUCAAGAUGAGAUUGACAAUAUCGAUCGACGAAGAAGCGAUGACUGGGCUGGUAUUCGUGAGAGGGCUGCGAGCAAUUUGCAGGAGACAAUUGAAUUGCAGACGACGAGAGGUAUGCCAGAUCGCUGCCAACUUAAACGAACCCGCACCAUCAAUCAUGGUCAGCGCCCACACCUGUUGUCGCCGAUUCCCGAGGUAGCAUCUCCAAUUCCGGACCAGGAUCGCAGCACUUCAGCCAUCAGUGAUCGCGCCAGUGCUAGCGAGUCUCCCGGGUCGAGAAGAGAUCAACCCAGCCCGGUCAUCAGCGACAGUGCCAGCGCCAGCGACUACGUCUCGUGCCUGAGCUCCAGUUCCACCUCCACAACAGAGCAAUCUACCAUACAAGAAGAAACCGAGGUCGAAAUCGGGAUCGCGAGAAGCCAGUCCUUCACCAGACUUCUCGAGCCGAACAUCAAAAGCGUCAAGAUCACACGCGCCAAGGAUAAGGGCCGUGAAGAACGAGUCGACACACCAAUGACAACACCAAAUGGUGCGCCAAUCCUCCCAGACUUCCAGAAAGAUCACAUCCCAUGGUGGGAAGCAGGACCUGCGGAGCCGAAGGUUGUGAUGCCGAAGUUCGCGUGUGGGCCGAGUGUUGCGAGGAAUACGCCUUCACCUCCCAAGCGUAAAGAGUCGAGAGUGAACUCGACGCCCUCGCCGACAGGUGAGAUGAGUAGGCCAAGGGCUCCGACUCCAGAGACAGGCGUGCUGUUUCGGGGUGUGAUGACUGCGAGGCCGGCUGGGCCGAGACUUAUGAGGUCGAAGGAAAAGAGGCAGAGUAUUGGGAGCCCGGGGAUUGCGGCGAAUCUGGAGUGUAAGUUUCAGUAUGAGGAUGAGAAUACGACGGGGUCCGGGCCGUCGAGAAAGAGAGCGAAGAGUGUGUCGGAGCAGGCGGUUGGGGUGCACUUACCUGUGCAAGAGCCGGUUGAUAUACCGCAUGAAGAGCUUCUGAGGAUUGUGGGUGAAGGACAGGGUCUGUGA